UUCCCCCCGUGAGAGGUGAUGUCACGAGCGCUGCCCGUGUACGUUCCAGCUGACUCUUGCUACGAUUCCGAGCGCUCGCUUUACCGAGUGCCCGGAGAAAGGAAAGAAAGAGAGAGGUUAGCGACAAAAACAACGAAAGAGAGAGAGAACAACAUAGAAGGCAGAGGAAUAAUAACAGCCAUCAGUCUUAACCAUGAUAGCUUACGUUUAAAUGUUUGUUGCAUGUGCGAAACCAUUUUUGUCAUUUGCAUACAUUUGUUUUAAAUCAGAGUAAGUCAUCGAUACGGAGUUUUUUCCCGAGGUCCGGUUUAGUCCGAUUUUAUAGUUUACUCACAGUUUCCUGCAGACUGUGCACAAUUUCUAUCUCUGGCUCCAUGGACGUCCGUCUCAUUCAACUCAUACGUUUUUUCGGGGAAUAUUUCUGUCCUGGCCGAGACGAGCAUCAAAUAAACCCGAUGACAGCUGUCGACAAUUGAGGCGCAAUCCCGCCGAAGAUCAAAGCGACGGUUUUUGAAAACGAUAAUCGUCGGAAUUAUCGUCGGAAUAAAGGGAGACGGUGCGCUUUUCAGAGGAUGAAGAACAACUCCAGCCUUUCCACUUGAGCGGACCUUACAGGACGUCAAUUCGCUUUUCCAGUGGGAACGGAUUAGGAGAAGCGCUUGAAGAAGAACUGUAGAUGAUCGUAAACCUACAAGCCAUUUAUUCAACUGCCAAACUCAGUUUUUAGGACACUUAUGCUUCAGGUCGGAACAUUAUAACCUGCUCACCUGUCUAGCGAUCUCAAAAGUAAUUUGAACUGACUUAAACUGGACUUUUUGGUGCUUCACCGAGGAAUGUCCAGACCAAUUUCUCAGCUAUUGCCACCUGACCUUCCGGCAGGGACCAGUCCACAGCUCGGACCUUCUAACCCUGCAGGUACCACCACCAAUGGCCACCUGAAUAACUCCAUGGCCAAUCUAAAAUCUCUCCUUCAACUGCCUAUUAAAGGGGACCAGAGAGCAAAAGACUGCUGUGAGAUGAAAGAUAAAGACAAACCUUCGGACUCUGAUGAGGAUUCGUCGGGCGGAGCCGGGGGCAUGAACGGCGGCAACGGUGCCCUUCGCUCCACCAAUCAGCCCGCCUUCCUUGGACCGUUGCUAUGGGAGCGCUCGUUGCCGUGCGACGGCGGCCUGUUCCAGCUCCAGUACAUGGACCUGGAGGAGUUCCUGACGGAGAACGGGAUGGGGUGCAUGCCGUCGGGAAACACCUGCAGUACUGCCGCCCAGGUGCCCUCCCAGAGCACGCAGUCGGCCGUUCCCAGCCAGAGUUCCCAGUGCCCUCCAUCUUCCUCUCCGCCAUGCUCUUCCUCCGCUUCCUCUAUAUCGUCCCUGUCCUCUUCGUCCUCGUCAUCUUCGUUGCUGGGACUGGACGUGCCCCAGGGGCCUGGACUGCUGGGAGGUCCUGAGUGUCUCCAUGGGGCUCAAACUGUACCACCUGACCCCUCUCCAAGCCCGUCCUGCCCACCUCCGCCGGUAGUCCCGCCCACUAACGCGUCCGACGUCAUGGUGAACUUUGAUCCGGACCCCGCUGACCUCGCCUUGUCCAGCGUGCCGGGUCAGGAAGCGUUUGAUCCGCGCCGGCAUCGCUUUACAGAUGACGAGCUGAAGCCUCAGCCCAUGAUUAAGAAGGCCCGGAAAAUGCUUGUUCCAGAUGAACAUAAGGACGACAAGUACUGGAGCCGGCGCUAUAAGAACAACGAAGCUGCGAAGCGUUCCCGCGACGCCCGCCGUCUAAAAGAGAACCAGAUUUCCGUCCGAGCAGCGUUCCUGGAGCGGGAGAACGCCACCCUCCGUCAGGAAGUUGCCGAGAUGCGGAAAGAGUUGGGCCGCUGUCGCAACAUCAUCAACAAAUACGAGAGCCGCCACGAAGACUUAUGAAAGGAGAAAAGAAGAACAGAAACGAGCGAGAGACAAUUUUAAACGAGUGUUUUAAGGGCUGUCCUGGAAUGCCAUUUUCUCUUUCUCUUAUUGUUUUUCAAAUAAGCACUACGAUGCUCUUGUCACAAAUGUACAUUUCGUAAGCGCAGGGAUCGGGUGAACGGGGUGGCGUGGUGCUUGAUUGAAACAAAUACUUGAAAUGCGCGAUUUGGACGGUUAACAGGAUGUUCACAAGGUCUGCCUUGCACAAGUGCACACGAUACAGUCACUAAAUCGAGUAGAUGGUGUAUGAUGUCACGUAGCCCUUGUGAACAUCCUCCUCCCACACGGGACGAUUUUCUCCGAGAGAGAGUUAUAAUGGAGAUGGUAGAGAUGUAAUUUUUUCUAUGACAAAAAAACAUUGUAUAUUUUUGAACUGUUAGGGUCAGAUAUAAUAGAGCCGAAGAACGGGAGGAGGAAAUGUGGGCGGCGACGAGAGCUCGGAAGAGAUUUUGACAUAGGAAAACUGUAUAUUUUUAUACUUGCAGAGGCAGGCUGGUGACGAGAUUUUGGAAAUAAUCUUUUUUGUAUAUUUUAUAUAGGGGUGGGGAAGCUGGCUGUAUGAAGAAGUUCAGGAGCGCUAUUGCUAAAUGAUAUAUUUUUAACAUCAGACGCAGUUCAGAAAGAUAUAGUUCGAAGAACGUCAAUAAGAGAAACUGAGAGCUCAUAAGAAACUCCGGCAUGGAGAAAAAUGGCACGCGAAGGUGAAAACUGUAUAGUUUUAAAUGAUUUUCAUCCUGGGUUUGUUCAAGCACUUGUUUUGGUAUCUUCUCUUUGAUUCCUUUUCUUAAAUUCAGUAUGUGUGUGUGUGUUUUAUCCUGUGGUGAGAGAGGGGAGAGAGACUAAGAAAGAGAGAGACAGACAUCCUGUCACUAUGCUUGGAGGGUCUCCACAUUUUCAAAUGUAUAUAUUUAAUAGAUCCACACACUUUUUCAAACCAACUGGACGUGGGUUUUCACGGAGGCUCUCUUAAGAACUGAAGAGCUGUGAAUCACAGGCCCUUGUUCACUUCAGCAAUAUUCCCUCUCUCUGUUUCUGCGUCUCGAUCUCUCCUCCUUGAGCUUUUGACGUUGUGAACCGCAUUGGUGCUGGUGUGGCAUAUCUCACCCAGGUCGAGUCCGCGGCGAGUGAGUUGCAUGCUGGCGCAUGCUUGCGUAUUUUCCGGCGUAGGAACACGCACUCGUGUUUACGGCUGUCGUUUUAUAUGGUGCUCACCCAGUCUCUUGACCCGAACGCACACAACCCAACAGUUUGCCUAUAACCUUUUGUUCUUUUCUUUCAUUCAUUGUACGAGGAAUGGUGUAUAUGUAGAUCUUCUAUACAUUUCCUCAGAAAAUGAGCCCCCUCCCCCCAAAAAAAAAGACAUGCACCCUAAUACUAAUGUACAAUACAAAUGACAAUAUAUUAUAUAAACUAUUAAACAAUUCCUUCACUAGA